AUGGCUGACUGUAUGGUUUUUCACACUCAAAUAGCCUCCAUCAUGGAGGUUCUAGCGAAUGCAGCCGUGGCAGAGAUCUGUAAACUCGUAGACGACGACUAUGAGGUGUUUCGUUUGGACAUAACUCAAAGCCAGAAAGAAAACAGGGCAUUGCGGAGGAAACUACAGCUAUUGGAACUGAAGCUGGCACGGGAGCGCGUCCUCGCCUGUCGUCCUAGUUGUGACAAGAUCGUCGACCAUCACGGAGGAAUGUCAAGAGGUGAAAGACAUCUCACUGGAGGCCACAGGAUCUCUGUGAAGCCAGCAGGACACAAUACAUGGAUAGAUGACCAACCAAUCACUGUUGAUGAGGGGAGUGGAACCUCAACCCAGCAUGUUAUUGUGAUAGAGUCUGCAGAUGCAGAGGCUGCAGGUCCUGGAGGAACGUCUCUGGUCAAGCAGGAGAGGACUGAAGGAGAGGAGGACCCACAACACAGCAGAGACAUCCAGACAGGAGCAGCGUCUAGAGCGCCCCCUGUAGCCACGGAGGACCUCGCCGCCCAGCCCAGGAUCCGACACAGCAUCGCGGAGGUCAGUGGAACGCAGAACGCCGUCCUCAAGUCAGAGACCGACACAAAGACUUUAACUGUAACACAAAGGCUCUUACACACAGCAUCAGACCCAGAGAGACUGGGCUGUCCUCCUGCUUCUGGCUCAGAGUAUUUACCGGUAUUUCACCAGAGCCAGGAGACUGUUAAUUCCCUUGGAGAUGGUGAUACGUUACACACUGGUGGUGAUCUGUCUUGUUCUUACGGUACAGAGAUGGACCCUGGCAACAUGCCCUUGGGUUUAGAGACACAGACUGAUCUGUCUAAAGGGGACUGGAACCAGUACAGUAGUAGUGUAUACUCUGAAGGGUGCCUAGAUAAUAAAGGGGAGGGUCUCGUCGUAGAUAAAGUGACUGUGAAAGUGGAGGGCGACGUUCUACCCACAUGGAAUGCAGAUAGUCACCUAGGAAACAGACACUUAGAUUACAGGGAAAGCUUGGAGACAAAUCCAAAUGUGUGCACUUCCGAUUUACACAGUCCCCUUUUCGAUCAGGUAUUGAACUCAAACGACAGGGCUAGAGCCCAGACUCAGGGUGGGGGAGCAACAUCAGGCAGUAAUAAAGAGAAACGAUUCCUCUGCAUGUUCUGUAACAAAGGCUUCAGCUGUCUUCAGAGGGUGGAGAUCCACCAGAGGUUUCACACAGGGGAGAAACCCUUCAGCUGUACCCAGUGUCACAUGCGCUUCGCCCAGGCUGGUGACCUGAAGAGGCACCAGAGGGUCCACACAGGGGAGAAACCAUUUGGCUGCCACCUGUGCCGGGCCAGUUUCUCACACUCAUCUAACCUGAAGAGGCACCUGAAGGUCCACACAGGAGAGAGGCUGUACACACUCCGGAAAGAGGUUCUCAGAGAAGAGCUACCUCAGGAUACACCAGCACAAAAAGCAUUCACUCGAUAACAUAGAUAGUAUCCAUUCUACUCGAUAGCUUCUGACAUUUAUAUCAAACCCUGCAUUAAAGACAAUUUUGAAUAACAAGAGUAACAGAUCUCAGUGUAGAAUAUUCCUGGGUAGAAUAUUGCAUCCAGACAUUGUGUGAUAUGUAUAAGCCUAAAAAGUCUGUUACAUAUUGCGUUUGUACUGUGUAGGCUAUAUGAUGUUCACAAAUGCCUAUUUCAUUACUCCCAUUUGACUACUCUUUUUUUCCAAUACACUUUUCAAUGAGAA